AUGCGAUUUCUACAACCGCCCUUGUGGCUGCAAGCGUUGCUCUAUAUUCACCCACCCUGGCCCAAGAAUCGUCCGGCCAGGGGUACAUUCAGGUGGCCUCUGAAAAUGGAGUGGAGUAUCUUGGAUGCCUCACCAAUAGUGGGGAACUACUACACUCUCACCGAAGCGUUAGACAUCGCUGUGACUUCGGACGCUGGAGAUGCCAAAUACUGGUCUAGCACGGGCUACAAUUCUUUUCCAAGCAACCUUGAAGCUGAUGGUGGUGUUGAACACAAUGGGGGAGGCGGCCCGUACUGGUAUGCGGCCGCUGAGCCUACCGAAGGCGCCGCCGUUACCCUGAGUGCGGAAGAAUCGGAUGGGGCUCAGCGUGUAGUUCUCGUCUGGAAGUCCAGUUAUUAG